GCCCUGCUCUUGGGACAUGGCGACCAGCAGAAAGAAGCUUGAUUGUGGAGAGGUGCCCUAGCGGAGGGGUGCCCUAGCGGAGGGAUGCCUGCCACAGUCCAGGCAGCCACAGAGGGUAGGAGCUCAGUGUAUGCAUGGGUUUGCAUUGCUUCAGAAAAGAAUAGCUGAUGUGCGUCCUCAGCCUUUCUGCCGAAGGAUUUGCCAGGGGCCAUCAUGGGCUCUGUGAAUUCCAGAGGUCACAAGGCAGAGGCCCAGGUGGUGAUGAUGGGCCUCGACUCUGCUGGCAAGACCACAAUCCUGUACAAACUGAAAGGAAACCAGCUGGUGGAUACCCUACCCACUGUUGGUUUUAAUGUAGAGUCUCUUGAGGCUCCUGGACAUGUGUCCCUGACUCUCUGGGACAUUGGGGGACAGACCCAGCUCAGGGCUACCUGGAAGGACUACCUGGAAGGCAUCGACCUCCUUGUAUAUGUACUGGACAGCACAGAUGAAGCCCGCUUGCCCGAGGCAGUGGCUGAGCUCAAGGAAGUCCUGGAAGACCCCAACAUGGCCGGCGUCCCUUUCUUGGUACUGGCCAAUAAGCAGGAAGCUCCUGAUGCUCUGCCAUUGCUUGAAAUCAGAAACAAGCUGGGCCUGGAAAGGUUCCAAGGUCAUUGCUGGGAGCUGCGGGCUUGCAGUGCUCUCACAGGGCAGGGGCUGCAGGAAGCCCUGCAGAGCCUGCUGCAUUUGCUGAAGUCCUGCUGAAAUGCAGUAAUGCACCUCUGACUCCAGGCUGGAGGAGGACAGGGAGCAGGGUCAGUCAGACCCCCUGAGCAGGCAAGCUUAUCCUUGCUUCUAUGAACAGAAGGGGCCAGCUGAUCCUUGAAAAGGUGAAGCUCAGUUUGCACAUGAGAAACCACGAUUCUCUUAGGCAGUAUAUUUUCUUCUCAAGACUUAUUCUCAGUGGCAGUUAUGCUGAAAAUCAACUGUUCUUCAAGUAACAAUAGUCAGAGGGAAUAUAAAAAUCCUUAGAGUACCCCAGGUAAUAGGGUAACAAAGUUGGUGACAUAAUAAUUGAUGACCAAGUUCACAAGUGAAAAGAGGUUUCAAAACUGCAUCUGAGUGUCACCUAGCCUAUCACUGUCAUUGGGAAUGGCUCUUCCUGCUCACCUCUGGGCAGGAACCACUGUCACUCUCAUACAUGUAGCUGGGCUGACAGCAGGGAGGGGCAGGUCCACCCCCAGGAUGCUGCAGGAGUCCAUGGGGCACUCGAUCCUCCCAGAAUGCCCCCU